AUGACACUCCGAAAGCUAUCCACCGCAGCAUCUCACCCCAAUCUAACCCCCCGCCAAGCCAAGAUCCGCAGGGACCAUGAGAACGUACGUCGGGAUCCCGACGCGUAUAUGGAGGGCUUGUUGGCGCGGUUGAGGCGGUGGAGGGUUAAGGGGACGCGGAGUGAGUCUGCGGGUGCGCUUGCUGCUGGUGUGGGAGGUAAGGAUAUCGCGUCUGUGGGUGCGCUUGUUGGUGGGGUCGAGGGUCUGUGCAUCUCCUCUUCUACUGGUGCGCUUGUUGACGGUGUGGAGGGUAUGAGUUUAGGCCCGGGCUCUGCGGAUGCCUCCGCUUCUGGUGGUGCAACUGUUGGUCCCGAGGAAGGGGAGGCUCGGAGUGCGGACUUCGGUUCAGUGCGGGCGGAUGAGUAUUGUCCGAUGGAUAUCGAUGAGAGAGUCGAGGGCGAUGAUGGUGCACACCAGGCUGUCGGAGAGGAUGGCGCUGGUCGGAUUGAGAUGUAG